AUGUCCCCAUUCAUUUUUCAGGCUUGGGACCCGCUCCAGCUUGUUCUGAAGCUAAAGGCUAACUUUUUUUUUUUUUUUUUUUUAUUUAAGUGGGUAACACUUUGGCCUUCAACUAUACCUUAUAGCCAUUUGGGAAUAUUUGGUAGCUUCCUUAAUUAUUUAGUGGAAAACCACCACAAAUGGGUAUGCUAUGGGUUCUGGAUAUCCUGGUUGAUUCACAUAGUAGAAGCCUUCUACGGUGUUAAGUUAUGCCAAUCUAAAGGAAUCACUGACCCGGCAAUUCAGUUUCAAUGGUUCAUUCAGACACUUUUAUUUGGGUACGCCUCCUUUGGUCUUCUGGUGUCUUACAAACCUUCAGCCAAGAAGCACUACUAGAAGACAGUGAAAGAAGUCACUUCUCCCAUUCGUCAUCCUCAUUUUUCAGAAAAUAUCCCCACUUAUGUGUCUAGGUGCUGUAAUUAGCUAAAUUACAUUCCUGCUACAUGAUGCAGUGCCCUUCUACCCAAGUAACUCUCCUCUUACUAAACAAGACAAUUAGAAUUCACAGGGCCCUGUGGAUAGUCCAGUAGUAAUUCAGCCCUUCAGUCUUGGCACUGCCAAAGUUUAAUGCCACUUGUUAUGCAAGAAGCCAAAAGUUGCUCCUCUGCAGUUUUUCACAUAAAUUCUAUACUCCGAUUGUCAUUGAAAAGUCCCCGACAGCUGGUAGUAGUGGCUGAUAGUUCUCAUGUGGAGGAAUUUUCUUCUACAACAGGGAGAGUGAUUUACAGCCACAAGGCAACUUGCACCUGUUUUGUGAUAGGAUUUAAGUUUACCUAUAUUUUCUCUACAGGACAUUUUACUGGCUUUGUUGUUGUUGUUGUUGGAGCCUGGUCUUUGUACUUCGUUUUGUCAACUUACUUUCUUCCGCAAAGGCCAGGCCGCUCUAUUGCUGCAGGCACGUUAAAAAGACCAAGUCUCAGUUCAGGUUGAGGUGCAGUGAUGAGCUUGGAUACGUGAAGCACUUCAACUUGGUUUAAUACGUGUGCCUUAAGUUUCAUGCAGCACAACCUCAUCUUUUGCAUGAAGAUUUUAAUCUUUGAGUUAGUAUAGCAUAAAGUAGUAAUCCUGUAGCUGUGAGGGCAGCUUUUUCGAAAAGUAAUUUAUUAUCCAAGAAAAAAGAAAGGAAAAAAUCAAUUAGCAUUCCAAAACCUAGCUGAAAUUUUUAUAUUUGUGAAUGAAAUUAGAUGUAGUGAGUAAAUAUACACCACUGUUUCCCAGAUGUUGGUGUCCUGAAAUCUAUGGUUGAGAGACCGUCUUAAGCACCCCUCAGUACUUCCUGUAUGUGUAGUGAGCCUUUUAUCAUACCGUCUUUUACUGUUGAAUAUUUGAACAAGAAUUUAGCCUAUCUUGUUUUAGCACUUUUAAAAGUAAUAACUAUUUAAAAUAGUAACUGUGGUGUGGGGAGAAGUUUUGCCAUGCCACCUGUGGUGCUGCUGUUCUGGAAGAAAGGACAAGAAAAGGUGGUUCUUCCUCUAACGAAGAGCUCCACGAGGCAGUAGCAAAUAAACUUAUGCCCUGUGCAGUACCUACAGACCGUAACACUUCUGAUGGAGAAGUCUUACUGAAGCACAGGUACAUAAAGUUUUUGCUUUUCAGUGGGUACUAAAAGCAUGGAGAACUGAAGGGUUUGAAAUGGUUUGUUUUGUUUGGUUGUUUUCGUUUUUUUUUAAAUGGUGAACUGAUAACAUUUUGUAGAGAAGUAGAAACUCAGGUUUAGCGGCUA